AAGGCGAGGAAACGACGCUUCAGUGAGAAGCCGCUGAAACCAAGUGGGACUGCUUGGAUCCGCGGAGAGAUUAAAUGCUAAAGCACCGGGGGAGAGGGGACUGGCCAGCCCCGCGUGAAGAGAAGUAAAACCCGCAGCUAAUUUCUAACCUUUUAUUUUCUAUUGGCGGCGUGCGCGUGCCACAUUUAUAAAGGGAGCUAGCGGAAUGUAAUGCUAGCGAGCUAGCUAAUGUUGUCUAGCUAAUUAGCUUGUUAGAGACCCGUGGGCUUUAUAGCGUUGGUAAAUAGCGUUGUUGUACUUUUUCUUUGUUUUUUUUGGGGGGGGAGGGUGAAAAGCUGCUCUCAGUGUGUGUGUGUUUUUUCGGGGGGAAAAUCAUGAGGAUAAUGUUAUCUUUUGAGUGGUAGGUAAAGUCAGCUUGAGACAGUAAACAGCACACAAACCUUCAAACGCGUUUCUUUGGAGGGGAAAAGCUGAAUUCAGUGGGAAUUUCGAGCUGUGGCGAAACCAAAAUAAAGUACAGCAAAGAGUUUUUAUUUCUUUUGACUGGAGACCGCCUGUCGUCCAAUGUUAAUGUCGACCGACGUUGCAUCCAUAAUGCUACCCGUUACUCGGGGAAUAAUGGACCGGGAAAGAGACAUUGAUACAGCCGGCGGAGGUUCGGCGGUUGUCCGUGGAAUGAAGCGAGGAGACCCGGAACCUGACGCGCAGACAACCGCUGCCCUCCCAGACUUAACCGGGGCGGAGUGCAAAAGACCAAGGAUAGACGGUACCGGGAGUGUGGUCGGUGAAAUUGGACAGAACAAUGAGCCCUUAAACCCUGGUUUCCAUGGAUACCCAUCUCACAGUCAGGGCUCUCAAGAUUCGACAGGCGCACAGGAGGGAUUGGUGGCCCCACCCUUCUCAGCUUUCCCCCCUCCACCUCCUCCCCAAAAUGGGCUGCCAGGGACAGAAUUUGGUCCUGGGGCUAUGUUUGGUGCUGGCGGCCAAGGUACAGCAGAGGUAGGAGUCGGCACUAAUGGAGCCUCCACCACUACGACCUCCAACAAUAGCGGAAAAACCGAGGAUACAUCCCAGGGUGAAGCAGGUGUUCAGUGUGGUACUGGAGGAGCAGGAGGUGGUGGCUCCGGAGGAGAUUCCACAGAGGCCAAAGGGACACCAAAACGUCUCCACGUGUCAAACAUCCCCUUCCGCUUUCGAGAUCCCGAUCUCAGACAAAUGUUUGGGCAAUUUGGAAAAAUUCUGGAUGUAGAGAUUAUUUUCAAUGAGAGAGGUUCAAAGGGGUUUGGAUUUGUGACAUUCGAGAACAGUGGAGAUGCAGAGAAGGCCAGAGAAAAGCUCCAUGGCACAUUGGUGGAAGGUCGUAAGAUUGAGGUGAAUAAUGCCACAGCCAGGGUGAUGACGAACAAGAAAAUGGUCAGUCCCUACCCUAACGGAGAGGCUCUCAGCACACUGCCUUAUGCAGCAGGAUGGAAAUUAAGUCCUAUGGUGGGUGCUGUGUAUGGACCCGAGCUCUACGCAGUCCCAGGGUUUCCUUACCCGACAGCAGCAGCAGCAGCAGCCACCACAGCAGCCGCAGCAGCUUUUCGCGGUGCCCAUCUGAGAGGUCGAGGCCGGCCUGUCUACAGUGCGGUGCGAGCUGCCGUGCCUCAGCCUACAAUCCCUGCCUACCCCGGACUAGUGUUUCAGGACUCAGUCCUUAGUCCCAGAUUGCCUCAGGGGGGCUACCCUGCUGCAGCUGCUGCCGCCGCCGCCGCCGCCUAUCGCUACGCCCAGCCUGCAGCCGUAACUGGAGCCACUGCUGCCGCCGCUGCAUACAGUGACAGUUACGGCCGGGUGUACACUACAGACCCCUACCACGCUUUAGCUCCAGCUGCUGCUGCUUAUGGUGUGGGAGCAAUGGCCAGUUUAUAUCGGGCAGGAUACAGUAGGUUUGCUCCUUACUAAAACAAUAAGUGACAUCUGAGGAAUUUCACAUCGCUCCAACCCCCUAUUUCAAGCUCUUUGAUUGACAGGAGUGCCCUCCAUUUUUCUGCAGGCAGACUGUAGUGACAACUCAUGUUUUUCUUUUUCUCCUCUUGGCGAGCGAGGUCAUUGCCACAUCAUCAACUCUAACUUAAGUUUCUGUGUUGUUCUCUGUGUCACUGACAUGGAUACAAUGAAAAACUGACAGCAGAGUCGCCCUCACAAAACCUGGAGCGUUACAGUUUUGAUCUUACGGGGCACAGAUUAGGAAGUACUGUGGGACACGGAAGGAGGGAGGCUGCUGUUCUUUUACCCUGUACACUACAAUUCUUUCUUCCUAAAAAAAAAGAAAAAGGAUAUUCACUGCCCUGUAAAUUCCAAACCGACCCACCCACACACACACACACACACACACACAGCACCCAGUAUUCAGCGUCCUUUACAUUUCCCUUUAGUGUUGAUCUGCACACGGCGAUAGAACUGCCACAACACAUUACUCGUCUGAAGAAGAAAAUGGUACUUUUUUUUGUAUUGUUUUUACACACUACAUUGAUGUAAAACUACCCUUUCUACAGAAGACAUGUUCAGGAUAUAAUGAGAAAAUGAAUACAACUCGAACUGCUCAACACAGAGAUGAUGUUGGAACUGACACUAUUAUUUUAUGAUGGGAAUUACGGAACAUUCAACCGGAAGAAGCUGCGAGAGACAUCUCACUGAAGCCUCUGUUGUCGUGGUAAUACUGGAUUUCCAUCGACAUGGCAUGGGAGGGUUUCAAAAAACCACCUUUCCCAACUGUUAAAUAAACAUAAAUUUAAGGCUAAAAAAAGUGUGAAAAUGACAGGAAAAAACCCUUGUUUUCUGCAUUACCUCAGUUGUUUUGUUUUUUUUUCUCUCUCUCUCUCCAGUGGUAAGAAUUUGCAUAUAAAUGUCAUUAUAUAUACUCUGGACAUUGCAUUAUUAUCAGUGAUAUAGCCAUAAGUCUCACAUUGUCCUUUUAAGGCUGGUCAACACGGAUCCCAUAAAUCCAUUCAGUGCAACAGUAAUGCUAAGGGGAUCAGUGACUCCUCAUUCCAGUAAGACCUAAUUCUAUAUAGGCCCAUCACAAGAAUACAGGGCAUCCUUUCUUACAGUAAUCCUUUUAUUACUUCUUCCAAAGAAAGAUUUGGUAAAUUUAAUUUUUGUCUUAAACUGUCGGACUUUCUAUUGGUAGUAGCAAUACAGUGAUAUCUAAAAAUGAUAAAAACACAUUCAAUUUAGCAAAUCAGAUUGGAAUAGUAACACCUCUCCACUCUUUAGUCACUUAAGCACAUGAGAAUCUGUCCAGCUGAGAUAUUUAGAAUAUCUGCCAGCAGAACUGCUCUCCGUGUGGACACAAAGUCCGAUCUCAGCAGAUCAGUUCUUCCCAACUGAGUGGCUUGUGGUAGAAUAUAGCCCAUUUAACAAAAACGUAAGUCUACAAUUGUAUAAUGCCGUCGUGAUAUAAGGAGAAUUUGUCAAAUAUGCGAAAUGCUGUAUUGUCAAGUUUGAUGUCCUUCAGUGUGACAGGAAACUGUAUCCGUCACUAGCUGGACACUUCACUGUCUGCAGUCCUUCCUCGUGCUCUGAAUGUUCUUGGCAGUCUGAAUACUUUAAGCUUUGUUCUUCCCGGUCUGACUGACAGUCAUAAAGGAGCCGGCCAGCAAACAAUUUCUACACCAAAUCUCUGUCCUCUGUCUUGUGUCUCCAUGUACUCUUGCUAUGUUAUUAUUGCUGUUAUUUGUCUUCUCCUUUUUUUUUUUUUUUUUUUUUUUUUUUGUUCCAAAGAUUGUCUGAAGAAAGCACAUUUUUGUUUUUGUUUUGUUUUUUGUGGUUUUGUUUUGCCUUUACUUGAGGUUUUUGGUUUUGUUUGAUUAUUCAUCUGUGGGUUGAAGUUGUAUUUUUGUAGAAUAACAGUGAUGUGUUUUAACAGCACCUUGACAUUUGUCAUUGAAGCAGUGUUUUGAAAUGGGGGAUAGAAACAAAGAUGUUGCAAAACUAAUUGGAAAUGCCAAAAUACAAAACAAAAUGGUUCCAAAUUUAAAUUGACACAUUAAUUUAUAGCCCACACUUAUUUAUUGUGUAAUGCAUGCAAAAUGUCAAUGCAGAUUUUUUUUUUUUUUUUUUUUUUUUUUUUUUUUUGAUCCCAGACAUGGAAUCAGAUUGAAAUGAGUGAAAGGGGUUCUGCAGAAAGAUGCAGAUAGAUACAUUGAGCAGAAAGGCCGAAUCAGAGUGAAUAAAGGGCAAAGAAAUAGGGGGCCGUUGGCACAAAGUCCAACAGGCCCUCUGGACCGGCGAUGUGUUCACCUUUGAACAGCAGAGCAGAAUGUGUAGGUGGUUAAUCAAGGGACAUUGGAGCAGUAAUGGUGAAGGUGAGCCAUUAAUCAUUAGCUGAAAGGAUAACAUCGUCUACUGUAAACUCCCCCUCCCCCAGCGGGAUAGUCUGCUCAGGGUGGAGUGGACAGUGUGGCGUUAUUUUGUAUGAUUGUGAAUCUGUGCAGUACGUCCAGUGAAUAUUUUUGAGGAUAAUUACUUUUUUUUUUUUUUUAAGUCUUUUAUAAGUAUUACGAGAAUUGUUGCUAUGCAUGCUUUUGUGACGAAGGGGCAGAGUGCCAGAGAAACCUUUAAUGUGCAUGAUUUCAAAUCCUAGUGCUGCAGAAGCCAGAUUAGGCAGAGGAUGUAGUGUUUGGAAGAAGGCGUGAUGAUUUGCGAUGCGAGGUGAUGAGGAGGCUCAGUAGCGGUCCGGUACGGCGUGUCGGCGAGGGGAGAAGCAGCACAUUCAGUCAGCUUUAAUAACCGGGGUUAUCUCUGCUCUGUGCCUCUGUGGCCCUGCUAAUCACCACUCAUAUCACAUCCACUAAGCUUAACUUGGAAUGCCUCAACCUCUUUGGUUUUGUUUUUUAAUUAAAGUAAAACUCCUGUAGUCAGUGAUGGCUGAGGCCCAGCAGAUGAUUUAUAUUUUAAACUGUUUGAAAGGAGAAAAAGCUGAAAUUCUUGAGGCUCAUUUUAAGAUUAGCUUCACACCAAUCUGGCAACAACAGAGUGGAUUCAAGCAAGUGACCCACACCAAUGCUAAUUUAGCAGUGUUUCCACCUCACUCAUCCACUUGGCAGCAGCAUCCGUUAAGGUGAUGUCAUCGUUACUGAGCAGUAACUGCGGCACAUUGCUGCUGUUCUUUUUGCUUCGUCUCCAUAAUCUGAGUAAACUUGAUGAUGUAAGGAAUGAUGAACAGAAGCAAACGAUACCCUCGGUUGUUGACCUGUCCUAACUCGACCUCUGACCCCCGACUCCCUGCAUUGUGCUCAAAUCAACCCAUUGGGAGAUUUUGUACAGGGAUUCAAUGGGUUUGAAUUGCAUGUUGUUUUUUUGUUUUUUUUUUUUGUUUGUUUGUUUGUUUUUAUCUCAUGCUUUAAAAAGCUUAUUCAUCCAAGUUUAUUUUCCCCAACAAGUGACAUGUUUUUUCUCACAUUUUAUUUUGCUAUCCUUGUGUAUGCUUUCUGUUUCAUUAUUAUUGAAUGUAUAUAAUAAACUGUUUGGUUUUUA